AUGCAGAUGAAGCAGUCGCAGAUCUUCCUCGGAGCCAACAAGGCUCUGGAGAAGCAAUAUCUGAGUGGUGGCAUAGAAAUUGAGCUGUGUCCGCAGGGUACGCUUGCCGAGAGGAUACGAGCUGGUGGUGCGGGCAUCCCAGCAUUCUACACACCAACAGCCGUCAACACCUUACUACAGGAUGGACAGAUUCCUGCAAAGUUUGACAAGGAGGGCAAAGCUAUUGGUUUUGGCCAGAAAAGGGAGGUUAGAGAGUUCAAUGGCAAGAAAUUCCUCAUGGAGACGGCCUUGACUGGGGAUGUUGCAAUCAUUCGGGCGCACAAGGCUGAUGAGGCUGGGAACUGUGUAUUCAGAUACACCACUAAAGCCUUCGGUCCCAUAAUGGCCAAAGCCGCGCGCCUCACAAUCGUCGAAGCUGAAGAAAUCGUCCCAAUCGGUACUUUUGACGCAAACGACAUUGAUCUUCCCGGUAUCUUUGUCGAUCGCAUCGUUCCCUCUACAGCCCCCAAGCACAUUGAAACCAAGAAGCUUCGCAGUCCAGCUGCAUCAAAAGAUACAUCGUCGAAGAAUGAAGCUACAGAACGUCGCGAUCGAAUUGCCCGUCGCGCAGCAAAGGAGCUCAAGCAGGGUUACUAUGUCAACUUGGGUGUCGGUAUCCCCACAGCCGCUGCAUCGUUUGUACCCGAUGGCGUCAAGGUGUGGCUACAAAGCGAGAACGGUAUUCUAGGCAUGGGCCCCUACCCAACCGAAGACGAAGUCGACGCAGACAUUAUCAACGCCGGCAAGGAAACCGUCACACUCCUGCCUGGCGCCUCAACCUUUGACAGCGCAGAGUCGUUUGGCAUGAUCCGCGGCGGCCACGUCGACGUGUCCAUCCUCGGCGCCUUGCAAGUAAGCGCAUCGGGCGACCUGGCAAACUACAUGGUCCCCGGAAAGGUGUUCAAGGGCAUGGGCGGCGCUAUGGACCUAGUCAGCAACCCAGACGCUACAAAGGUGGUUGUAGCCACAGAGCACGUUGCAAAGGACGGGUCAAGCAAAAUCGUCCAAGAGUGCAAGCUACCGCUCACAGGAGCAAAGUGCGUGAGCACUAUCAUCACAGACAUGUGUGUGUUCGAGGUCAACAGGAAACGCGGUACUUUGACACUUACCGAGACCGCACCUGGUGUCAGCGUGGAGCAUGUCAAGGCGAAGACUGAUGCUACGUUUGAAGUCGCACCGGAUCUCAAGACCAUGGAGUGA